ACACUUUGUGAGAUAUUAGCCGGAGUCCCUCCUGUUUCCUGUCCCCGACUCUCCGACUGUUAUGUUAAGUAGUGCGCCUGCUUUCUGUCCGCCACUCUCUCCUCCUUGGGUUUCAAUUCCAAACAUGGUUAUCCUUGUAGGGCUCCAUCGACGCCCCCCGCCUCCUAUCUCCUCCAGCUGUUGGCAGGCCGGCGGUGGAAGAAACAGACAGUAGAAGCACAGCAAGAAAGACGACAAGAAGCAACUCAUUCCAGCUGUGUUUAACUGAGCCGUGAGAACUUUCUCCCAUUGAAGAAUUUUCCACUGCAGGCCAACGGAACAAACAUCCAGCAGCUGUUUAUUUGGAGCUCCUCACAGGGCAGAAAUAGCAGCGAGCUUGAAGAGGGUUUUUUGGGUCGUUUUAACUUCCAAACAUGAGCGCAGGAAACUGGACUCUGCUGGACAGUUUGUUCUUCCCGCCGCUCUGCGAUGGCUGGACCAACAACACCGAAGGGGCCAUCUACCACCUGGGCAACACCUUCCUGUUCCUGGGCUACAUGGGGGGCAGCGGCGCCUACGGGUGCCUCUUCAUCUUCUGCUUCCUGUCGCCGGCCUUCCUCUGCCUCACACUCUGGGGCUUGUUGACCAUGUGCGGCCUGGACGUCCUCACCUGGAACCUGAUCCUGCUGCUGGCCGCCCUCCUGCAGAUCUGCCACCUGCUGUUCCGGCUGCACCAGGAGGGGAUCCACAGCGAGGAGCUCACCGCCCUCUACCAGGCCGUCUACCUGCCGCUGGGCGUCCCCGUCCAGGUGUUCAAGGAGAUCUCCAGCGCCUUCGAGAACAAGGUGGUGGAGCUGAAGGCCGGAGAGACGUACGCCAUGGAGGGGAAGACGCCCAUCGACCAGCUCGCCUUUCUGCUGUCCGGCAGGAUAAACGUGUCUCUGGAGGGUCAGUUCCUGCACUACAUCCACCGACACCAGUUCCUCGACUCUCCUGAGUGGGAAUCUCUCCGACCAAACGAGGAGGGGAAGUUCCAGGUGACCCUGACGGCGGAGGAAGACUCCCGCUACGUCUCGUGGCGUCGCCGCCGCCUCUACAUGCUGAUAUCGAAGGAGCGCUACAUCGCCCGCCUCUUCUCCGUCAUGCUGGGAUACGACAUCGCCGAGAAGCUCUACAACCUCAACAACAAGCUCUACAUCAAGAGUGGCGUCCUGCUGGACAUCCGCCUGCCGAGCCUCUACCACGUCCUGGCGCCGUCCUCGCAGGGCAGCGAAGGAGGCAGCGGUAGCGAUGGUGGCGGCCUCCCCAGGGAACAGCAGGACCGGGAACCGGCGCCGGCCUACCAGACAUCUGAUCCAGGCCGGUCUGAGCCCCUUCAGACGCCCCUGCAGGGACCAGGGAAGGCGGCCCUAGAUGAACCCCUGCAGGCCCCCCAGCAGCGCUACCAGCACCCCUGGGCGUCGGAGCCGGAGCUGCCCUCUGGUGAGGACUCCACCAGCCUGGUCCUGGAGGACUUUGCUGAUGUGGCGGGCUCCUUAACGGACUAUGGCAGUGAGAGGGAUUAUUUGAGGUAGAGGGUGCAGGGUUCUGCAGCUAACACACUGGGUCACCUUUAAGCUACAUAAUCUGACGAUGAGGUGAAUCUUCCUCCUCGGUUCCAGAGGAUCAGAGCUCCGCUGGCUCCAACCGACACCCCGAAACUGUGAGAACGAACUCUGGAAACUCCAAAUUAUCUCUGAAUAUCUGCAGCAUGAACGUGUCUCAUAGCACCGCCUCAGUAAUCAACGUUCUCCUUCCACAUCUGGACGUUUAAUUCCAAUGUCUUCUGUUUUCUAACAGACAUUUAAAGUCCCUGAAACAGCGUUUAGGCCACGAAUAUCACAAACCUGGAGAUUUAAUUAAUAAAAUAAAGAAGCAAAUCCAAAGAGGAACCAAGAACUAAGAUCAUAUUUAACACCUGAAAUGUUAUUUAAAAGUUGAUUUAAAUUCAUUAAAACACACAGAUUUGGUUUCAUGUCGAUGUUUAAACUCUAAAUGUUUGGUUCAGAUUUUGUUUUCACGUUUUUAUGAGUGUAAACGAUUUUUCUUGUUUGUUUCACAAAUGAUUUAACUUUUAGUCACACAUUUUCUGGAUCUGAAGGAUUUUUUCAUGGUUUUGAUGACAAAAAAUUAGCAUGAAUCAAUAAGAUGUUUUGAUGUAAAGAUUUAUUUUUCACACUUUCACUCAAAUUCAAACAUCAGUUAUUAAAAAUGAUUUGAAAAUACUGCUGAUUGACGUCCUCGCUGACAGAUUUUCACCGUUUUUUUUAACUGGGAUUUUUAUCUUUUACAGCUAAAAAUCAACAAAAUAAAAAUCUUUUCUGCAGUUUUUAAAUUACUAGAUCUUAAAACAUUGACAGAUUUUCACUUUCAUGUUUAUUUUUCUAUCACAAAUUGAUUUUAAAGAUGAUUUUUGUUUUGUUUUUUUAGCUUGAAGCCAAAUUCAGGUAGAGGAAACACUUUUAUUUCCAUUAAUUGCCUGUCGACCAUGUGUUUUUUAUUUUUUAUAACUAAUGGAGUGUUUCAUACACACAUGUAAACUGUGAAUCGUGUUGCUUGAUGUCAGAAAAACGAGGAAAUAUUUGUAAAAAAAGUAUUUUCAUGGGGCCAAGUUUUCUCCAUAAAGAUCUUUGUGUGCAGUGGAA